CAAGCAUCAGGAUCUCCAUCGAUGAAUAAGCUCCUCCUAAUCACUAGUUUCAAGUUUACCCCGGAUUUUCACGAUAUAUUCUCUUCCUCUACGGAGUACAUAUGUAUCCCCCUCGCCUCACCGCUAAUGUUAACUGGCGGUGGCGAAGUCUUUGCACCCUAAUCGGGCUGGAUUCCUGUCACCCCCGCCCCCGCCAUCGGCAUUAACCCUUCAUCCAUGGUCUGGAUGGCCAGAGAUUCGCCCCUCGUGCUGUUUUUCCUCUCUUCAAACUCGAGAGAACAUGCGGGGAACAGAGCGGGCUUCGAUGGGAUUCCGAGGCUCGAUGGAAGAGUAAGGUGGAGUUCCCGCCGACCCAUGAUCCCUGGCCGGGCUGCCUCUUCCUAGCGGGCUUUCGACGUGGCCCCCUGCUCGCCGCGAAUGAUGUCUGGGGACUUACCUGGGGUAGUCCUUUCUCAGCGGGCUGGGCACUUUGCUUUCUUGCGAUCACUACUCCGUAGGUGCAGAAAGAGACGGGUACCCUUCCGUCUACCAGGCUAUCUUGACCAGAUUCGGACCUCGGGAGCCACUUCAUGGCAUGCCUUGUUUUUCAUCCUGGAAACCCGUCAGUGCUGCUGGAAAUGCAUGUCGGUCAAGCGAGAUUUUCUAGGCUAGCCGUCGAGCCAUCGCGGCUGGCCGCAAUUUCAGGUCCUGCGCCAUCCCUGCAGGACGUUUAAAGAUGACCAUCUGUGCCCUGCCCUUUUCAUUCCACAGGGGCCCGCGGGACCGUCCACAUUCUUUGUCUGAGAUUCUUUACCAAGUCAUCUUGCCUCCAACACAGCAACAUGGAGUCCAAGCAGGCCUCAGACGCCCAAGGAGAGCCAACGCUGAUGAAGGAGGAAAUUGAGCAGUCUUCCAACAGCUUAGACAGAGAUACAGAGUCCGGCCAGAUGGACGACAGGGAAUUGCAGAGACGACUUCGAAGAAUAUACUGGAAAGUCGAUCUUCGACUUAUCCCCAUCCUAGGAGCUCUCUAUGCUGUUAGUGGGAUUGACCGCAUUAAUCUGUCCUCUGCUCGCGUGGCGGGUAUGCAUGAAGACCUGCAUUUCUACAUUGGCAAUCGCUAUUCCGUCGUUCUUCUCGUCUUUUUCAUCACCUACUUCAUGUUCGAAAUUCCGAGUAAUAUCAUCUUGAGAAAAGUUGGGGCUGCAAUAUGGCUGUCGUUUAUUGCAAUGAGCUGGGGAAUUGUCAUCAUGUGCGCGGGUUUCGUUAAGACAUGGGGUCCGCUUAUUGCUAUCAGAUUGCUUCUUGGGUUAUUUGAGGCAGGCUUUUUCCCUGGCUGCAUGUACCUCAUUAGUUGCUGGUACAGAAGAUACCAAAUCCAGCAGCGUAUUGCUUGGUUCUACUCUAUCAAUGUCAUUGCAAACGGAUUUGGCUCUCUACUAGCUUACGGAAUCAUCCAGAUGGAAGGGCUCGGUGGUCUUCGAGGUUGGAGGUGGAUCUUUGUGAUUGAAGGACUCCUUACCUGCGUGCUCGCCAUGAUGGGUUACUAUCUUAUCAUUGAUUUCCCGGACAAACUAUUGAAAAAGAAGUCAUUUUUGACGGCUGAGGAAGUCGAACUUAUCAAGGCAGAGCUGGAUAAAGAUAGGGGCGACGCUGUCCAUGAUCCCAUUACUCCAAUGAAGGUUUUAAAGACGCUUUCGCGCUGGCAGCUUUGGAUCUACUCGCUCCUUUUCAUGUGUGUUGCCAUCGGCAUCUAUGGAUAUGCUUUCUUUGGUGUCGUUAUUCUUCAGGGAAUGGGUUACUCACCAGGCCGUGUUUUCCUCCUCUCGGCUCCGCCAGCUAUUGCCAGCGUUCCGUUCUCUCUGGUAAUUUCUUACCUUGCUGAUCGAACUAAGCUACGUGCCCCAUACGUCGCGUUUAUGGCCAUUACAUGCACGAUUGGAUAUCUCCUUGUUGCAUAUCCAAAGCAAAAUGGAGUGAGGUAUUUUGGCGUCUUCCUCGGUCUCGCCGGAGCAAACGGCGCCCUACCAGCUGUUCUAGCCUGGCAGGCGAACAAUAUUCGAGGCCAAAGUACACGAGCUACCGCAUCAGGUCUACAAGUUGCCUUCGGCGCAGUCGGUGGGAUCUAUGCCUCCGUUACCUUCCUCGAAAGAGAAGCUCCAACGUAUUUCAGCGGGUUGUGGGCUGGAAUCGCGGCGCAACUUUUUAUGCUUGCUGCGUGUAUAGGAAUGAGUAUUUAUCACUAUAUCCAAAACCGCAAGGCCGCAAGAGGAGAGAUGGUAAUCGAGGGCCUAGAAGGGUUUAGAUACACAUACUAG